AUGGAAGUUAACCUGAACGGAAAGCCCAGAGCUGCCCUGUCCACCCUGCCGGUGCCCGCGGGAGAGGCGAGUCCUGCGGGCAGGACGGAAGCGGAGAGGCCCCGCUGCUCCAGCACGCCCUGCUCACCACUGCGGCGCGCCCUGGCAGGCUAUCAGAUCCUCCACAUGGAUUCUAACUAUCUGGUUGGCUUCACAACGGGAGAGGAGCUGCUAAAACUGGCCCAGAAGUGUGCAGGAAGUGACAAGAAUAAAGGGGAAUCUGGGCCGAACUUGUGUUCCAAACAGCUUGAUUCAGGACUUGCACGUUCGUCCAGUUUGUACAAAGCUAGAAGUAGGUACUAUCAGCCCUAUGAGAUCCCAGCAGUAAAUGGGAGGAGGAGGAGACGGAUGCCCAGCUCAGGGGAUCAGUGCAUCAAGGUUUUACCUCACGAACCAUAUAAGGCACUUCAUGGUCCCCUGCCUCUUUGCCUUUUGAAAAGCAAAAGGGCUCAUUCGAAAUCCCUGGACUACCUCAAUUUAGACAAAAUGAGCAUUAAAGAACCUGCUGACACGGAAGUGCUACAAUACCAGCUCCAGCAUCUUACCCUUAGAGGGGACCGUAUGUUUGCAAGGAAUAACACAUGA